CCAUCACCAUCAUCCGAUACAUAUUUGUUCUUUUAUUUUCCAAUUUUUAAUUCGUGAAGAUCCCUAAGACUGCGAAUAGUGAAUACAACCAGUGAACUGAUUAUUGAAAAACCCUAACCCUCGUAACUCUCAAUUCCCUUCGUUCAGAAUCGAAGUUUGGGAAAGCAAAAUCAGAAGUGAAGGUUGAAUCAUAAAACAAUUCAAUGGCUGAAGAAACACUAGUGGUUGAAUCUGGAAGAGGUUUGGGAAAGAGGAAGUUUGGUAGGAACCAAGGCCACAAAAAGUCAAAUAAAAAACCAAAAGUGAUGCAGCCACCACGUGGACAGAGGAAAGUUAAAAUCGACCAAAAAAUGAAGAAACUUUACCACAAGCGAGCACUAGAGUAUAAUUCUGAUGAUGAUGAUGAAAACGAGACAGCUGCCCCUGCUACUUUGAAGACUAGAGGUGCUGCACCGAUGAAGACUAGAGGUGUAGUAUCUUUCACCAAAAAAAAGCACAAGGAGGAAGACAUAGAAAAUGAAGAGUUGUCUGAAGAUGAAGGAGGACAGGGAAUGCAGAAGAAGUCUGUUACUGAUAAGAAAGUUAGUUUCUCCGAGGAUGAAGGAGAAGACGGCGAUGAAAUUCAGCCAGGAAUUACCAAAUUCACCGAAGGUUGUAAAGCAUUCAAGAUGGCCUUCAAGAGUAUCAUAAAGAAGAGUGUUUCUGAUGACUUGUUGGGUCCAGUAUUGUCGGCACAAAAGAAUCUUGUUAUAGAAAAGCUUGCGGAAGAGGAGGCAGAGCGCAAGGUCAAGGGAGAGGCAAAAAAGGAAAAGCUGAUGCUAGCAGAAAAGGGACAUGUCAAGCCUGCUACUUAUUUGGACUCACACGAAAAGUUUCUAAUAAGUGUAGCAACCAAAGGAGUGGUCAAGCUGUUCAACGCUGUCAACAAGGCACAAGUUGCUCAGAAAGGACUGGACCCCUCAAAGAAUAGGGAUGCCAAAGAGUUAAGAAAACGCACCAAAGAAGCCUUCUUUUCGGAGUUAGGGAAGCCAGCAGUUGGCACCUCUGUAAAGGCUAAUGCAAGCACAGGCAAUGGAGAAGAUGAACAACCUUCUUGGGCUCCAUUACGAGAUAAUUAUAUGCUGACAAGUUCAAGAAUAAAGGAUUGGGACAAAAACAUGGCAGGUAAAAAUGAAUCAGAUGACAAUGAAAACAUUUCCGAAGAUAGCAGUUCCGAUGAAGAUUAAGGUUUUGAAACUUGAGAAAGCAGCACUGGUGUGUUUCUAGUGGGACAAUCAGUCAGAUUUUGAAUAUUGUGUUCCAUUUCUGUUCAUUUGGUUAGUAACGAAUGAACUAGGGCAAACUUGAUGGCUGAUUGAUAGAUUGGCUGUACUUUGGUAUAAGUCACCAAUUUUUAAUGUGCUCACUGGACUGAAUUGACUUAACAUGAUGAAUAGAGUUUCUUUAGCUUGAUUAUGCAAUUGUUUUAGGAAUAUGAUUCUCUGUAGUAAUAGACAAUUAUUUUAAUGGGAGAAUGUUGCUGUGUUUGUUUGAUAAUUAGAGAAAUAAUACAAUGCAGAAUGAAAAAUCUGGGUAACUACCCAUAAAUGGGGUUUUUUGUUUACAUCAAGGUUUGCAGAAGCAGAUAACAUAAAUAUGCAGUCUUUGAUGAUGGCUCCUAUAUCAGUCUUUUGUCAUGAGUAUUUUUUUUUGUCAUGAUCAUUUUGGAUAGCUUGAUUUGUGUCGUCACCUACAGGGUUUGUUCCGUUUUCUCAAUCUUUACACAGACCGUUCUGUUUAAUAUUGUAACAAUUUUUUCCUUGGGUAACAUGCCUAAUACAUACAGUGUGACUGCAAACCAAAUCUAAAGUGAUGUACUGAAGACCGGGUAACUUGACUAUAGAUUUGAUUAGUUUAUAUACACUAUCACUGUAAAAGAGUUUUGCACGUAUAACCAAUUACAUCUCGCCAAAGAUUUUGAUAAUGUAAAAUCUGAUUUGUUUGUCGCCAUGAUUUCAGCUGCACUUAAUCAGUAUUCCAUAGCAGGAAACUUCCUUGGACUCCCUGCUGUCACCAUACCGUUUAUAGGAAAGCCUUGGGCUGAAGCAACACUGAUUCACUUAGCAUUUGCAAUGCAGACUUUAUGCUUGUAAGAAUAUUGAGAGCCAGCUAUAUUUUAUGAUCGGCUCAGAAAGAAUUAAAUAAGUUCACUGUGAGCACAAGCAUUGACAUGUCUAUUCAAUCAGAGCCAAGGGAAGAGUUAUGUUGUUUCGUUUGAUUUAUAAAGAUAAUUGUUACUAUGCAAUUUUCAAUGUUUCAUCUAUUGGAGAAAUUUUAUGUCCCACCAUUCAAUUUCA